AUGGAAGGAGAUUUCUUUAUUACUGAAUAUAUGAGCCGUGAGCGAGAAGAAUUGAAAUGUACGAUAAAAAAGUUGUAUUCAGAUUUUAUCGUUAAUGAAAUUACCCCCAGUGGAAUCGUUCUUGAUAUAUCCUUGCCGGGCACAAUGGAAACCGCCGUUGAAAGUAAUGAAAUACGGAAUAGCUGGACAAACAUAAAUGACAUCCGUGCUCCAGAAACAGUCACGCAGGAGCUGGUAGCGAAAAUCGAUUCUCUUCUCAACAAUGGAAUCAAUGUUGUCGAAAUACCAACUGAAGGUAUGGAUAAACAAAAGCGUACCGUUAUACAUGAUUGGAUACGCAAUCGAUAUAAUGGCCUUUUAGAUUCUCAAACAGUUACCAAUGCAAUUCAAGUUCUAGUAUUGGAUAAGGGAUCCAGAAAAAGAAGGAUUUGGCCGGCAAAUCGACCCGAUUAUGUUCAUUUCACAUUAUGUAAAGAAAACAAAGAUACACACUAUGCACUUUCCGUGAUUUCUAAAUUCUUGGGGAUUAAAAACUCUUCAUUUGGUAUUUGUGGUACAAAGGAUCGUCGGGCUCUUACAACACAACGAGUGUCGUUGUAUCGAUGUGAAAUUGAACGACUGAGAAAACUUAAUGCUAAGCUACGCGGCAUAAGGCUUACUGAUUUUACUUCCAGUUCAAAACCAUGCAAAUUAGGUGAUCUUUGGGGAAAUAGAUUCAAAAUCAUUUUAAGAGAUGUUCAUCCGUUCAGCGAAACUGAUUUAAUCAGCAGGAUUGAAGAUUUCAAGACAAAUGGUUUCAUCAAUUAUUUUGGAACUCAACGUUUUGGGUCAUGCGCUUUUAAUACUGCUGAAAUCGGCAUUGCAAUUUUAAAGAGGCAAUGGGAAGUUGCCUUAAAAUCAAUUUUGAAACCACGGAAUACGUACGGAAGUAUUAGAGAUGCUUUAGACGAAUGGAAUAAGUCAGGGAGCGCUUCUGACGCUUUGAAAAAGCUCACAGGCAAUCAGGCAUAUGCUACCAUCGAAGGUCAACUUUUAUCAUCUCUUAGCAAGAAUCAAUGCAAUUAUUAUGAUGCUAUGUUAAAAUUAGCUCGGAAUACGCGCAGUCUUUAUAUUCAUGCUUACCAAAGUUUGUUAUGGAAUAAGGUUGUUACUCGACGAGUGAAAAGCAGAGGAUUUCAUGCGAUAGCUGGUGAUUUAAAUGUUGAAGGUAAAAAAAUCAAAGAUUUUGAAAACGAAGAGGUGGCUUUGCCUCUAAUAUCAACAUCUGUUGAGCUGCCCGAUAAUGAAGUUCGAAGUUGGUAUGAGGAAAUAAUGGCUGAGGAUGGCGUAACAGUCGCAAUGUUCAAAGCUUUAGAAAAGGAUUGGGCGAUAGGCAAUGUGAUGCGACCUCUUAUUAGCAAACCGCAGAGUGUGAAGUAUAAAAUGUUGACUUAUGCCGAAGCCAAGACAAAGUUGCAGGCAGAUUUUGAAGGAAAUAUAGAUUCAGAAAGUAUCGGAACUGGCAACUUCCAUGGGGUGGCCUUGGAGUUUUCUUUGCCGUCUGGUUCUUAUGCUACGGUCGCUUUACGAGAAAUCACAAGGUGUGAUAUGAGUAAAUUGGCGCAGAUGUCCAUGAAUCAAGGUGAAAAGGAUUUUACUGAAUGUGUUUAG